UCAUAAUAACCAUCCUCUGUACCCACAGCCAGAUACAUUCAUAGUGGGAACGGAACAAGGGGCUGUUGUGUACUGUAACAGAGCAGCUGAGACUCCGGCUGAGAAGAUUGUUUGUACAUACGAUGGCCACCAUGGACCUGUCUAUGCCAUCCAGAAGAACCCUUUCUUUUCGCAAAAUUUCCUCACCGUGGGAGACUGGGGCGCCCGUAUUUGGUCAGAGGACAUCAAGGAGUCAUCGAUCAUGUGGACGAAGCACCAGACGGCAUACUUAACAGAUGCUUGCUGGAGUCCUGUCAGACCCUCGCUCUUCUUCACCGUGAAGAUGGAUGGUGUGCUGGACAUCUGGGACAUCUUGUUUAAGCAGAAUGACCCCACUCUAAGUGUCAAGGUGCGUGAUGAACCUCUAUGUUGCGUCCAGGUGCAUGAGGCUGGGUCCAAGGUAGUUAGCGGUUCUCAGUUGGGUGUUAUCUCUCUAAUGGAAAUCUCAAAAGGACUGUGCACCCAACAGAAUAAUGAGCAGGCCCUCCUGGGAGAGAUGUUGGAACGUGAGACGAAGCGCGAAAAGAUCCUCAGGGCUCAGAAAGUGAGGGACGAGGCCGGCAACAUGGAGGAAAGUCCAAAGGAGCUGAUCCUCAGACCCGAAUAUGAUUUCUACAAUCUGUUGGAGUCAGAGCAGAGGAGGAAGCAAUGGGAGACGAGACAGCGGAAUUACCCAUAGAGCCGAGAAGCAGACCGCAGAUGCCAGCAGUAGUCCAAGAACAACUAGCGUAACUUCAACAUGGUGCUCGGCAAGAUGGUCAUGAUUCUCAAAUCCACCAAUAGUUAUUUUGGAAGAGCAACAUUUGGCUUCAACCAGCUUGUGGCUGCAGAUUGUCAUGGUAACAAAAGUCAAACGUCAAAAGUUAUCUUCCAAAUUAUUUUCUAUGCUAAAGCGAGAAAUAUAGAUUUCGAAUCACUGUGUGUCUGACUAAAAUUGUAACGGUAUCGGCAAGAUCAAAUGGCAACUCACUAUUACUUCUUUGCUGUACGCAACAUUAAUUGGUAAACCGUUCUGGAAUUCCUGCACUUUGUCACAGCAGACCGAAUGAAACUGAAGUUGGUUUCAGCAUCUGCGGUCAAAGGCCUAAUCGGUCCAUCUUCCUUUCAACCAGUAAAUAAUUCUUAUGUAAUACUCCAAAUACUUUUUGAGGGCAUUUUGAGGAGUGUGUAGGUGAGAAGUAGAGUGCAAGACUGAAACAUUAACUAAGAGUGUCACAGAGGAACUGUUGUUGAUGUGUUGUAGCUUGGAUGAGCAAGCAGAGGAGACGCCCACAUAGAAAAGUAGGAAAACACGAGGGAAGGGGAAAACCUAACCACUGCUCUAACCCUGACAGUCAAAAUGUCAGCAGGAAGGAAGAGCUCAAGGUUGUCUGCAAAGUUAUUACACAAAGUACGAUCUGUGUUUGGACUCAAUUGUGUGUCCUCGCUUCUAGUUUUGGUGGGGACACACCAGCUCUGACUAAGACUUGUAGUUUCUGCCAAUAUUGUUAUAUUUUUCCCCCAAACUGUACAAUAUAUUUAUAUAUUUUUUUUACUCAAUUAGGCCAUAACAGUUGUUAUGUUGCAAUGUGAAUGCACAAAGAACAAAGGACAGUCAACCUUGCAUAAAAUUGCAAUUAAAAACAUUUUCUGCCCAGGA